AUGGAGAUUAAACAAUCUAAAUUUAAAACAAGAACAUCUAUGGGAUUAACACUGGAUUUCCUGGAAAAUCAGUAACCAUAAUAAGAGAUUAUUCCUUAAGUAAAACAAUAUUAUCAAUAAGGGUUAAGAAAUUAAUUAAUUUCAUGAUAUUAUCAAUCAAUUUCAUCAAUCAUAACAAACUCAAGAGCUUUAUUCAUAGAAAUAAUAACAUUAGAAACUAAAUUAAAAUGAUUAAUCAUGCAGUUCCGAAGCUAAAGACAAUUCAAUAGGUAUACAAUUAUUUUUAUUUUAUUUCAGAGGAAAAUUAUCAAAAUUAGAAAGUUUAAAACAUUAUUUUUGAAGAGUAUUAUCCUUAAGUUUAUUUAAAUACAAAUAAUAUUGAUUCUAUUUAAAUUGAAUAAGAUUAGAGAUAAAAUAAUAAUUUUUAAUUGAUUCAAGAAUACCCUGCACUUAAAGAUAAGGAUUCUAGUAAAAAGAGUAUUUAAUAAAAAGGAUCAGGAAGUAAAUUAUUUAUUUAUGAUAAGUAAAAAAAAAAAUAUAAAUAUCAAUUCCUGAAGUUGAACACAAUAAUAAUAGUUCAUAUGAAUAAACUAUGAUAAAAUAAUAAUUAAAAUAAAAUUAAAUGAAUAAUGGUUGUGAUUUAGAAUUAAAAUCAUUAAUAUUUUAAUUGUAGAAUGAUAAAGAUAGGAUAAAAAAUUAGUAUUAACUAGAGAUUAUUGAAUUGAAUACCAAAAUCUAAGAACUAUAGACUAAGUUAGAAAUAGAGAAGGUUGAAUAAAUGCAAUUAAAAUAAGAAAAUCUAGAAUUAGAAAAUCAUAUUUCUUAAAUUGAUUAUAAAAUAGUUGAAUCAAAUUCAAAAGAAUAAUAAUGUAAUAGUCAAAACAAAAAAUUAAAUGAUAAAGAAAAAAUUUAAUAUUUGAUAGAAAAGUUAAAUGUUAAAUCAACAUAAAAUGCUAAAUUGCAUUAUGAAAUAAUUAAAUUAUAAAAUAAUGUAAUAUUAGUUUAAAUUUAUAGGUUGAAUUACUAGAAACAUAGUCAAUCCUUCAAUAAAACAAUGUUAAUUAAAUAAUCAAUCAUGAUUAAUAAUGCAUAAAUUAGGUUCCAUAAUAUUUAGGAAGAGGAGUUCACCCUCCAAUUAAAAUUUAAUAUAAAAAAGACAACAAUAAGACAAAUCUAAUGAUGAAUUAGAAACAAUCAUUAUCAAAUUUAAGUGCCAAUCAUUCAUAAUCAGAUUAAAAUAAGAAUAUGAACUUGUAUUUCUUCUACUAAACACAAUCUUAGUUCAACUAUGAUUACACCUUAAGCCAAGAAAAAUAAUGUAUCUGCUUCUAUUCAUAAAAACUUGACUCUACAUUAAACUAAAACCGCUUAUUUUAAAGAAGACACAUUAUAAUAAAUUAGAAAAAUACAGUAUCAUUUUUUUAUUUUUAUUUAGAAGUAAUAAAAAUUCAACAUCUAUAGGUGAA